GAGGGGGCGUGGCUGGGGCGCGGGGUUUGAAUCUGCGCUCGGGCGGGCCAAGAUGGCGGCGGAGGCGGCGGCGGCGGCGAAGGAGGCCGAGGCCGGAGCCGCGUCUUCGGGCCCGGAAGGCGUCCGCCCCGGCCGGGAAGGGGUCCUGGACUUCGUCGUCGACUGCGCCCUCCGCACCACCGAGCCCGGAAUGAAGCACCUGUUUGCCAAGUCCUUCCGGCACCACUACAAGGCCCAGCGUCGCCUCACAAGGUGUGUUUAUGAUCGGUUUCUGGCCCGGUUUCAAAGCUGUGUCAAGAAGGAAAUCCAGAACCUGAAGGAGGAAGGGAACCUUUCGAUGCUCUUUGCCUCCCUGGACCGAAUGGUGGAAGCAGCCAAGGGCAGGGAGAACCCCGCCUGGCGCCCGUCUGGGGCCCCGGAGGCGGCCCUUCCUGCGGUGGUGUCCCCCUCCUUGGCGAAGCAGCGGAGCUUCCUGCGGGCGGCCCUGAAGAAGGCCCAGGCCCACAGCGCCCGACUGGCCCAAGCCGUGACCCGAGGGCGGCAGGAGAUCCGCCAGAUGCAGGAGGAGACACAGCAACACCGGGAACAAUGGAAGAGGCUCAUUCAGAUGCUGACAACUCUCACGACUCUGAAGCCUUUGUCUCCAAGCGGGAAAGUGCUGAAGUGGUCAAGCGGCUCAAGCAGAACUACGGCAGGUGGUCCCAGCAUCAGGUGGCCUUGGUGCCGGCCACGCGUGACCCGUGGGAGGCCCACCGAGAGGUGUGUGAGCUGAACCCCUCCUGCGACGAGCUGGCCGACCAGGUGGGCUUCCAGGAGGCCUAUCGCCGCUUCUACGGACCCCUCUGAGCUGCGGUCAGGGCUUCCGCCCGGCCUGUUGAAACGCAGGGAACGGUCAAUAAAAGGCGCAUCAAA